CAUUCACAGAGCCUGGAGCCGUGUCUUGAAUGCCUCCCAGGUCAAGCCUUUCUCCAGGUACUCAAUAUUAGAAGGAUCAAAUGGCCCCCUAACUACAUCAAUGGACUGUAUCACUGCAUUGGCUGGGAGAACACUUUUGGAUGGAUCUGGUGCUGUUCUACCACUCAAGCAAGAUGAGAACCCCUGUGCCGAAAAUUUAAUCCAUAGGUUUUCAUAUAUGGAGAUCAAAGCAGCUAGUGAGUGGUCUGGUUUCCAAACAUUCCCUGAACCUACACAGGCCAAGCUGGAUGUCUUGUUUGGGAAUCUGAAUCAACAGAAUGUGAACACAUUGACGAUCUUGGUGAUGGGGAAAGGUGGUGUGGGAAAAUCAUCAAUAGUGAACUCCAUUUUAGGGGAGAGAGUGUCCUCUGUCACUGCCUUUCAGGAAGAAGGGUCAACACCACUGAUGUUCUCACGCUCUCGAGGUGGGUUCACUUUGAACAUCAUUGACACCCCCGGGCUAGUUUCAGAUGGACAAGUCAAUAAGCAAACCCUCAGUAGCAUUAGGAGAUUUCUUCUGAACAAGACUAUCGAUGUUCUCAUCUAUGUGUGUCGUUUAGAUGCAUAUAGAGUAGGUAACUUGGAUAGAGAUGUCGCUAAAGCCAUCACUGACAAUUUUGGUAAAGAAAUAUGGAGGAGGUGUUUGGUUGCCUUAACCCAUGCUCAAUUCACACCACCCAGUGGGUUGGAUUAUAUAGAGUAUUUUGCUGAACGAUCUGAAGCAGUACUGAAAUUCAUCAGGUCAGGUGCUUGUAUAAAUCAACAAGAAUUUCAGGAUCAUGGGAUUCCAGUAGCUCUGGUUGAAAAUUCUUGGAGAUGUGAGACGAAUGGUCUUGGGGAAAAGAUUGUUCCUGAUGGUACUGUAUGGAUUCCAAACUUGAUGGAAGUAAUCACAGGUGUUGCCUUGAAUGGUAGUGGGGCUAUCUCUGUUGUCCCGAAAGUAACUGACUCAACCCUCUUUGGCAAGUUGGUCUUUAUACCUAUGGUACUGAUUGAGUGCUUGCUAGUGAAACUAAUUAAGCUAGCCAUAGACAAUGACAUUGCAAAGGAAACCAAAUCAUUCAAGGAACAACAUGGCUCGGACUUCACCAGUUAAAGAGUUGGAAGAAUUGAGCAUAAGGUACUUUUCUUCCAUCUGGUGAAUGUAACUUUUGUUUUUCUGAAAAACUCAAAAACACUUAAAUUAGUUAGUCACACUGUUCAUAAUAUAAGUUCUGGAUCGAGAGAAACAUAGAAACUGAUUAGUUAGUCAUGCUGUUGAUAAAACACAGAAAUUAGUUAGUCAACUUUUGUGCUCUUAAUGGCUGCAUCUGCUGAUUGUUCUGUGCAUUGAGCGCUCUUGCCUGUCCGUCGUAUUGGCUCCAAUUACUGUAAAUUGAAGCCUUGUGCUUGGGGCGUUACACGUAUCAAGCAGUUCAUUUGAGAGUGCAUUCAAUUGGCUUUAAUUUGAUGAAGUCCCCACCUCCAUGAUUAGAUUUUUGUCAAAUUAUUUGAGGAUUUCAUUUUUCAAGGAUUACCAAUUGAUGAAAUCAAUUUUUUGUCAAAUUAGUUAGUCACCUCCAUGAAUAGAUUUUGCUGAUUGUUCUAUGCAUUGCACUUUUUUGUACCCUCUUUUAUCUUAAUGGAGUGUGGUUUAUUUUUA